AUGUUUAACUUUCUCCAAAGAAGACACAAAAAUUUGCUCCUUGAGUCUACAGAAGAGGAUGAGGUGCAUGUUGAAGCUGAAAGUUCAAAUUGCAAGUUGAAGAAAAGAGGAGGUUCUACUCCUGGCCGUGUCUUUAUCGACCGCAACAGGAAAGAAGGCCACGAGAAGUUAGUGCGUGACUACUUCUCUGCCAACCCGACAUACAAUGAAAAAAUUUUCCGAAGGCGAUAUCGUAUGAGCCGUGAUUUGUUCAAUCGUAUUCAUGAAGGUGUUCUUUCUUAUGACAACUAUUUUGUUCAAUCUCGAGAUGCAGCGAAUAAGGCUGGGUUAUCUUCAUUGCAGAAAGUUACUGCAGCUCUCAGAAUGAUGGCCUAUGGAGUAUCCGCUGAUAUGAUUGAUGAAAAUCUACGGAUAGCUGAAAGUACCGCAAAUGAGGCGAUGAAAAAGUUUGUUGAAGCAGUGAUUGUCGUUUUCGGCGAACGUUACCUGAGGCAACCUAAUUCUACUGAUAUUUCCAGGUUGCUUCAGCUACAUGAGGAUCGUGGAUUCCCUGGAAUGCUUGGUAGCUUAGAUUGUAUGCACUGGACAUGGAAGAAUUGUCCAAGUGCAUGGAAAGGUCAUUACUCCGGCCAUCAUAAAGAAGCAACUUUAAUCUUGGAGGCUACAUCAUCAAUGGUCGUGCUCCACCAGUGA